AUGGCAUUGACCUUAUCAAGAAUAGCUACAAAGGGACAGGCUAUAAGUCUCCUUGCAUAUUUUGUAAGAGAUCAAAUAAAGCAUGACAAAGAAGAAAUAUCAUAUACUUUAUCUUUUAAUGCUAUAAUAAUCUCUCUUAACAUAGUAGUUUUUCAUGUUCUCAGAGGAAAACAAAUAAGAGUUGUCAUUUUCUCAGUACUCAAGAAAUUAGAAUAUACUUCAGAAGCAUCUUUUAAUUUUUCUAUAUUAAUAGCUAUCUCUGAUAAUUCUACAAGAGGGUGUGGAUUUGAUAUAAUAUCAGCUAUUCUUUCGACUAUUCCUUACUUAGGUUUUGCAGAAAUUUUAGUUACUUUUCCAAAUGCUAAUCCCUUAUGA